AUACGUUGGCUUUUAUUUUCGUAUCGAUGGCCAGGAUUUUUCUCUUGAUUUUACAUAUUUGUGCCUGGCAUUAUAUCGCUUAUAGCCGAAAUAAGCUAUUUAAAUACCUUUGUAAACACUGGGUAUCAUGGCGUGCGUGCUCCCACUGUUUAACGGCAUUUUAAGAACAUAAUUUGCCUCGUUUAUGUGUCCGAGUGCAAUAUUUUUCCUUUAUAUUCUGUUAAACCUGUUUUGUUUAUUUGAUAUUUAACAAUUUACGGACGGUCAUUGGUAAUGCCAUCUUUUCACUCGCUUUUUUCACUUCAACUGAAAAAAUGCAAUACUUAUAACAUUAAUUUAUAGGAAAACUAUACUUAGUUUAGAUGCAAUAAGUUUUAAGGAAGUUAUGGUGCAUGAUGUGUAAUAUUAGAAUAUCCCUUAAAAGUUAACUAGAAUUUGAAUUGGACAUUUUAAAGUGAUGUGUUUUGUAGGAAUAUACAUGUGACAAAAAUUAUUGCUGGUUUGUAAUUCUAAUAUGAUUAUUUUAAAAUGAUAAAAUUUGUUAACAAUUUUUUUCAAUAAUCACUGUAUCUGAAGAUUUACAAGCUUUCCUCUUUGGGAAACAUGGUUCACACACGUCGGAUGGAGUCAAAUGGCUCUCGGCCAGUUGGGCACCAUCAUCGAACCAGGGGGCGAACAAAGAUUGAACUAGCGCAAGACUCAGGUUCGUCCAGUGCAAAGGAUAGUGACAGCGAAGGAUCCAACACCGAGGACGACUCGUCUUUCAAUACUACGCCCGAAAAGGAGUCGCAACAGUUAAAGAAAAAAGACCCCGAGAAAGCAAUUGAAAAAGUCAUAUCGAUAAGGAGCGACUUUCAGAGAAAGUUCACUGAUCGCUCUUUGACGACCAACCGGGAGCGAAUAUUGACGAAACGUAGGGGUCUGGCGGUCUAUUCGCGGAAAAUAAAAGAAGAAAUGGACUUGGAAAACGGGAACUAUUCCGAAGAGGAGUUUUAUCCGAGAGGGCACAGAGCGCGACAUCUGGUAAAGAAGAACCGAAUGUUGCGACGCACAGCCCUCUCUCUGCGGCCUAUCAGCCAGAAAUGCUACGUCGAUCACUCCCCGAUUCGUCUAGAUGACACGGACAGCGACAGCAUGCUGCGUAAGGGCACUAAGAAGUCGAAGAAUCUCUCUUGGUUGACGGACAACCAAAUGCACAAGGUCGGCUAUCCAAAUUUGCACGCCGGUUAUUCGGAAGAGGAUAGUAGAGACGCUGGCGAAAACAUCGAGUUGUCACAACGGGUCACGCGGCACUCUACCAGGAGGCGUGUCGUUAAACCGUCGUAUUACUACGACGAGGAUUAUGACGAAAGGCCGGAGAUCAGGAAGAGAAACCGGGCGCAGAGGGUGUUUAGAUCGAGACGGGAGACGGUGAACGUCGAAAACAACAAGGAGAACAAGGAAGAACACUUCAGUAUGAGAACCAGGAGCUCGAGGAAUGAGGAAAUCGCCAAAGAAACGGUGAAAGAGGAACCGGAUAAGGAAGACGGCGAGCAAACGAAAGAGGAUAAGGAAAAUGAAGAAAUCAAUAUUGGCGGUGUGACGAAAAAGGAGAAUAGCUCGGAGAGUGAGGGACAGCCGCAGCCAGAGAGAUUGAGGGACAAGAGGGAGUUUACCACUAGGAAAAAGGUGCUGGAGUCUAGCUCGGAGUCGGAGGAGGAGGAGGAGGAGGAAGGUAGAAAAUAUUUGUUAAGGAACCGGCCACCCAAACCCACCUCGAAAACGAGGCAGACAUCGGUGCUGCGAAACGACCGGAUUAAUGAUAUAAGAAGGCGGAGGUUUACGAGACGGCGAAAAGUGUCGUCCAGUUCCGAUUCGUCUACGAGUUCGUCAGAUCUUUGCCGGAAACAAACAAAAAGUCCCCAUUCGAAAAACGAAAAAAUGAAAUCGGGUGCCGGAGGUAGCAGCAGAAUAAUACCGAUCAAGCCGGAAACCUUAGACGCGUCGAUACGUUUCAAUAGCAUCGGCGGGCUGGACGCCCAUGUUCAAUGUUUGAAAGAGAUGAUCCUCCUUCCCAUGAUGUAUCCGGAAGUUUUCAGGCAAUUUCAGGUGCAGCCGCCCAAAGGGGUCUUGUUCCACGGAGCUCCCGGCACGGGGAAAACGCUGAUCGCCCGCGCCUUGGCCAACGAAUGUAGCUUCGGGUCUCGCAGGGUGGCGUUUUUCAUGAGGAAAGGGGCCGAUCUGCUGAGCAAAUGGAUCGGCGAGUCCGAGAAACAGCUGCGGCUACUUUUCCAGCAGGCGGCGGAAAUGAAGCCGUCGAUAAUAUUUUUCGACGAGCUGGACGGUUUGGCACCGGUACGAUCGUCCAGGCAAGAUCAGGUUCACGCGAGUAUAGUUUCGACUUUGCUCGCGUUAAUGGACGGACUGGACGACAGGGGAAACGUGAUAGUGAUAGGUGCCACGAAUAGGAUCGAUGCCAUCGACCCCGCCCUCCGUCGACCUGGCAGGUUCGAUCGGGAACUGUUUUUCCCUCUCCCCUCCCGAAUGGAGAGGGAGGAGAUAUUGAAAGUGCACGUGGCUGCGUGGACGAAACCGCCUACCGCCGACCUGUUGAGUUACCUGGCGGAAAAUACCGUCGGAUAUUGCGGUUCCGAUUUGAGGGCGUUGUGCUCGGAGGCGGUGAUCCAGGGCUUCCGCAGAACGUAUCCUCAGGUUUACGAUUCGGAGCACCGUCUCCUUUUAGAUCCGCAGAGGGUCGUGGUGGAAAAAGUUGACUUUAUGAGGGCGAAAUCGCUGCUGGUGCCUGCGUCCCAGAGGAUCGCUCAGGGUUUGGGCAGGAAACUGCUCCCGAUUCUGGAACCGAUCCUCCAAAACACGAUUCGGAGAGCUUUGAGCGUUAUCGAGCAAAGUUUUCCGCACGGUUUCAACAUCACGCUCUCCAAGGUCAAGCUGUCGGCCAAUGUGCGACCAGCUCAGCUCCUCCUAUCCGGACAUGGUCCGCAGCACGGCCAGACGACCCACGUGGCGCCCGCCAUUUUGUUCAAAAUGGAACACAUCCACGCGUACCUGCUGGACUUGGCAACGCUGUUCCGCGAACCUGGCAGAACGCCCGAAGAAGCUUGUUUGCAGGUUUUCCACGAAGCGAAACGUAACGUGCCGAGCAUAAUUUACAUUCCAAACAUCGAUCAAUGGUGGGAGCUGGUGACGGAGACCGUGAGGGCGAUAGUGACGUCGCAGUUGUCCCAAAUCGAUCCCAACGUACCGUUUUUGUUUAUGGCCACCUCCUGCGCAACCUACGACAACCUACCUCAGCAGUUGAAAAACAUUUUCUCUUCGUACCGCAAAGAGCUGUUCGAAGUGCGUCCGCCGAAUUCGGAAGCGAGACGCGCGUUCUUCCGUCCGUUGAUCGUGGAGGGGGCGUUACGUCCACCGAAGUCCGCCAGGGAGCAGCCCCGCACGCCCCCGCUCCUGCCCAGGGCGCCCACGCCGCCGCCCACGCCUCUUACGGAAGACCAGGCGAAGAAGCUUUACGAAACCGAGGAGCAUACGCUUCGCGAGUUGCGCAUAUUCCUGAGGGACAUGUGCAAAAAGCUGGCCAACAAUAAAUUAUUCUUUAUGUUCACCAAACCUGUAGAUACAGACGAAGUACCUGAUUACACGGAAAUUAUAAAACAGCCGAUGGAUUUGGAAACGAUGAUGACCAAAGUCGAUUUUCACCGUUACGAGUGUGCCAAAGAUUUCCUAAACGACAUCGACUUGAUAUGUCAUAACGCUUUGGAAUACAACCCGGCUAGGAGUUCGGCCGAUAAGCAGAUCCGGCACAGGGCCUGUUCCCUUAGGGAUUAUGCGUACACGCUGAUCAAGACGGAGAUGGAUACCGAUUUCGAAGACAAAUGCCAGGACAUCAAACAGAAACGGAGGGUGAGGAAGGCGUGCGUAUCGAAAUACUUGCCCGCCUAUAUUCAGACCCAAGAUGCCAACUUGAAUAAUCGCGAUAACGGUAGCGAAGAGCCCAGCGAGAGUGUGUCGCAUUCGAAGGACCUCGCUCAGAAGACGUCGGAGCGUAGCAGGAUCAGCCCGAUAAGAAAGCGGAAGUUCAACUGGCAAAGGGGCUACUUGAAGAAGAGGAAGAAGACGAAAGUGGACUCCUCGCAUCACAACAAAUCGACUUCGUCUAAAGAGAAGCACUCGAGCGAUGAAUCGAAGGAGAACGAUCCGGAUAGCAGCACGAUGGACAUCCGGAACCCGUCUCCCGAGACUCGGACGGAGGCCGCAGCUAACAGAACUGCCGAACUCACCACUGCCCUUACCAUUAACUGUGAUACUCAAAGGAGGUCGGACCUGCCGAGCCAAUCGUCCCAUUCUCCGAAAAGGAGGUUGGCGGACUUGAUGAGUCCAUCCGAACUGCUAGAUAGCCCUCUGUAUUUCGAUGACGUCGAGCAGGCCCUCAACGAAAGCGUGCUGGAAACGUCGGCAAAACCGGUCGAGUGUUCUCAAAUUGAGUUGGAGAAACUUCUAGAGCAAACCGUUAAGUGCACCGACGGAUUCACGCUUUCCAUGCUGCUCGAUCUUUAUAAUCAGUUCAACGCGAUCGUGAAGAAGUUUUCGAAGAGUUACGUCCGGUCGGGGUUGCCCAGGGAACUAAUGAAGGAGUUGUUAAGAUUUAAGAAGUCGUCGGAGAGCGAAACCAGUUGCAGGUCCAGAUCUUCGGUAGACCCGUGAUCGUCUUCACUGCCAGAAUCCAUAUUCCUUUUAGUGAUAUUUUUUAUGUCAGUAUUUAUUAUUUUUUUUGUGGUACUUAAAAUAUAUGUUC